GGAAAAAAUGCACAUAUUUAAGUCGCAGUGAGAGGUGCGCUUCUUCGUUGCCUAAUUAAUGUGGUGUGUUUAAUUAUAAACGUCGGUAAACCAUGCAUAAAACACAUUGUAUCAGUACAUAACGUAAUCUAUACGUCUGCUGACGUAAUUGUGCUCCUUCCGCAAGGGCCCCAUACGCUGCGUUGCUAAGCAACCGCUUAAAACAACCAAGCGAAAUCGUCUCGUGCUUGAAUUGAAUUCAUAAGACAUAAAGAUACGCGAAUAGCGAAUGGAGCGAGAGUUAGACGAGGACGAGUUGCAGGAUUUGUACGCGUGGAUAGAUAAAAUUCGUCUUUCAAGACCAAAAAGAAACAUCGCCAAUGACUUCAGCGAUGGAGUGAUGGUGGCUGAGGUCGUCAAACAUUUCUUCCCAAAGAUUAUCGACUUGCACAACUACACUCCUGCCAGCUCCACUCAGCAAAAACUCAGCAAUUGGAACCUCCUUAACAGGAAGGUGUUUUCCAAGCUGAACUUCCACGUACCUGAGAAGUCGGUGAAGAAGAUUAUACUUCGAUCCGCGGGGGUGAUCGAGAGUGUGCUGAGUGGCCUCAGAGAGAAGAUACAACAGAAGUUGGACCAUAAGCCACACACUAUAUCAGAUUUGGAAUACUAUGACACCAGGAACCCAGAGAAAACCCUCACAGAGUUUAGUCAGUGUGAGGCCCGAUAUCUGUCCGAGAUGGUACGUGAGGAGGUGAAACGGGAUGACAAAUUAAAAAUGGAGACAAGCAAACUACAACACACAGCUCAGUUUUACUCCAACAUGGACCCAGCGGUGCGCCAAAUUCUAAAGGAAAAAGAGCAUGCAGCCAUGGCUUUGCAGGAGACAGUGGAGAUCCUGCAAAUGAAGGUGAGCAAGUUGGAGCGCCUGAUACAGCUAAAGGACAUGCGGAUCGAUGACAUGAGGCACAAUCUGGAGAUGUGUACCUGUCUGAAAGGAAAGCACACGGAUUCUAAACCCAACAGCAUUUAAGCACUGAAAAGCAAUACUUUGAUUUGCUUAUCUUCAAUUCAUCCCUUACAACAAAAAAAAAAAGGUCUCAUAUAUUUCACAGUCAAACCAAGAUUUUUUUCCCUAUUGGAAAUAAUGGGAAUUUUAAUAAUUUUUUCAGCCCACAAAAGUGGAAAAAGAAGUUACUCUCAAAUGGCAUAAGCCAGAAAGUGACCCAUAUAGUAGCAAGUCAGUCAGCAACUAGCGAUGGAAGUAGCUAGCUAACAUUAGCAGUUGACUUCACUGCUUGGACUUUAAUUCUUUUCAGCCUUAUAAUCUUUUCUUGUUGAGUCUGGUUGAGGAUUUUUGAAAUAUAAAAAAAAAAAAAGCCUCAAAAAGACAAAAGAACAAAAACAGUUAAUCAUUUGAUGCGAGAGGAAAUGAGCAUUGGUGACAUUUAGGACUUUUCCAGAAAAAUGUUGUGACAUAGCACCAUCUGUUUUUUUUUUUUUUUUUUUUUUUUUAAAGGAAAACACUGAGAAUUUUGUAGGCUUUAGUCCAAAAGUAUUACACAGUUAGUGGAAAAUUGACUGACUAAAUUGUCACGAGAACACAAGUUCAGAAACUCUUAUAGGCUGACUAAAUUGUCACGAGAACACAAGUUCAGCAACUCUUAUAGGCCAAAAUCGGCCGAACUUAUUUGUAAUUAAGUAUAAACGUAAGUAUCCUACAACAAUAUAAUAGUAAUUGACUUAAAAUAUACUGCAAGGGAUCCUUCUUUAUAGUCAUAUAUAGUACUUCUAGUACAUUGUAGUUAAGAUCUAACAAGUAAAGAAUACUUAAAAAUAACACGAAUAUAGUCCGGUUCUAGAAUAUCCUUCGAGAUUUCUCGAAUGCAUGCCUUAUUCAUCCAUAAAAUGGUGAAAAUGAUUUUUGAGUUACAAUUAAUAGUGAAUUCAAAUAAGGAUUUUUUUUUUGUAAGGGAAGACUAUAAAAUACACCAGCAACUUUAUUUGUUGUAUCUGUUUAUCAAAGUUUUAAGUGAGGGAGAUUUACUGUACAGUAUAUUUAUUUUCCUUUAUUGUGAUUUACUAAGACUGUAGAGAGUAUUGAGUUGAUGCAUUUUUUUAAUAUAAUGAGGUCCUGCUCUGCGUGAAAUCUGAAUGUGCUUGUUUUUUUAAACAUAUCUGCAAUCCUUUAUACAGCUUGUCCCGUCUGACCACCCCGUGCUCAAUAAAUUGUCUAACUGCUUUAUUUUCCCAACGUGACUUGUUGAGAAAUAAGCUGCGAACACAAUGACAUGCAGUGUUAGGUUUACUCACAAGCACUGUCAGUUCCUCACACUCAUCUAAAAGUGUGACAACUUAUUUUUAAAGCAACUCCUGUUUCCGUUGGAAGUGUGACUUUUGCUUAUUGAUAGCACAUUUUUCACCACCGUUAACAGUUAAGAUGAGGCUGACAGGUGUAAGAAUAAGUUAUUGAUGAUUCAGCAUCAUGGCCUGUUCUGGUCUAAUGAGAAAGCAUUUGCUCAUGUUCGAAAUCUGACACAAGUAGGUCAUUUUGGAACAGGCUAGCUUGAAAAAAGAAAAGCACUCAAGACUAAACCAUAAAACAGUCUCUAUCAUUAUUUAACAUUUCACAAGGAAAAUAACGUCCUAGCUAUUUCGCAGAUAUAAACAACAUAACUCAGAUACUGGCCGUUUCCCCCCAUUUGCACAAGAUCAUGUUGCCAGGCAGAAUUUGUGCUCCCCUUUGCCAAAGAAAAUAAACAUACUAUACUUCACCAAAGUCACAGACAAUACUGAUUCUUUUGCAAGUGGAAGUGCUGCUUUCAAGAGUGAAAAUACAAGCAGUGCUGACUUAAUAGUGGCUUACAUGUGCUUCACAGUUCACAUACGCUUCUUAUGACGAAUUUCUCAUCGAUUCCACAAUCAAAUCACUAUUCUGAUAGA